UUGUUCUCUCGCUGCUGAUCCCUCUGUUCGUUGGCAGCGUUGCUGAUUGUUGAUCGUCUAUUAUUUUCUUACGCAUCUGUAUCAUUGGCAUUACUUACGCCCUUGUUAACAUUGUCGUUCGUCUGUUCUGAUCCUCAAUUAUCCACUGCUCAUUUUUUCUUAAUUUCCCUCACCACGGCACCAGUUUGGUUCAUUCACUGUCGACUGUAGCACCUGCAACGAAGUGAACGUUAUGGUAACAUCGACCUACAUCCCUAUGUCUCAGAGGCAGUCCUGGGCUGAUAUCAAGCCCAUUAUUCAAGAUGAUGGGCCUAAUCCUGUUGUCCCCAUCAUGUAUUCCGAAGAAUACAAAGAUGCAAUGGAUUAUUUCCGUGCUGUCGCCGCGAAGGAGGAAAAGUCUGAACGUGCUCUAGAACUGACAGAGGUCAUUGUCAGAAUGAAUCCAGCACAUUAUACUGUUUGGCAAUACCGUUUCUCUUUGUUAACGUCACUGAACAAGUCUCUCGAGGACGAACUUCGACUCAUGAACGAGUUCGCUGUCCAGAACCUUAAAAGCUAUCAAGUCUGGCAUCAUCGUCUUCUCCUUUUAGAUCGCAUUUCCCCUCAAGAUCCCGUCUCUGAGAUUGAGUAUAUUCAUGAGUCCCUUCUGCCUGAUCCCAAAAAUUACCACACCUGGGCAUAUCUCCAUUGGCUAUAUUCUCAUUUUUCGAUCCUUGGUCGUAUAUCUGAAGCCCAGUGGGAAUCUGAGCUUGAUUGGUGUAACGAAAUGUUAAGGGUUGAUGGUAGGAACAACAGUGCUUGGGGAUGGCGAUGGUAUCUAAGGGUGUCUAGACCUGGAGCUGAAACCUCCAGCCACAACCUACAGGACGAGCUUAUUUAUAUCUUGAAGUCAAUUCACUUCAUUCCCCACAACGUAUCUGCAUGGAAUUAUCUCCGGGGUUUUCUCAAGCACUUCUCAUUGCCACUUACGCCCAUUCUUCCAGCUAUUUUACCAUACACCGCCUCCAAGCCGAACACCGAUAUGGAAACUGUCGGCACAUUUCAUUUUCCUGUGCCUUCGGAUCCACUGCCCGAGGAUACUCCGUUGCCUGUCCCUCUGGCUCUCGAAUAUCUCGCAGACUCUUUCAUCGAACAAAAUAGACUCGACGACGCUGCUGAAGUGUUUGAGAAGCUUAGCUCCAAGUAUGACAAGAUGAGGGCCGGAUACUGGGAAUUCAGACGAAGGGAAUGUGUUGAAGAAUAACAAGACUGAGUUAUCCGUGUAUUUGUGGUAUGCAUAACAUGUUCAACUUGA